AUGGCUGCUCCAAAGAGUCACCCGCCUGCGAGAAGAUGGGUCCUGCUGUGCUUUCUCCUGGGGACGCUGUGGGAAUCAAGGGCCGCGCAGAUUCGCUACUCCAUGCCCGAGGAGACAGAGAAAGGAUACAUCGUGGGGAAUAUCUCCAAGGACCUGGGACUGCGGCUCCGGGAGCUGGCGGAGCACCGGGUCCGCAUCGUCUCCCGAGGUAAGACCCAGCUCUUCGCUCUGGAUCCGCGAGGUGGCAGCCUGGUGACCGCGGGCAGGGUGAACCGCGAGGAGCUGUGUGCCCAGAGCGCGCCCUGUGUGAUUAGCUUUAAAGUACUGGUUGAAGACCGAGUGCAACUUUAUGGAAUUGAUGUAGAAGUGACUGACAUCAACGACAAUGCCCCCAAAUUCCAGGCUGAGACUCUGGAAGUGAAAAUCAAUGAAAUCGCCGCUCCAGGAACUCAUUAUCCUCUCCCAGAAGCCUCGGACCUGGAUGUGGGCGCGAACUCCCUCCAGGGUUACCAGCUCAGUCCCAGUCACCACUUCUCCCUGGACGUGCAAACUGGGGACGCUGGAACUCUAAACCCAGAGCUGGUGCUGGAGCGCGCCCUGGACCGCGAGAGGGAGGCCGCUCACCACCUGGUCCUCACGGCCUUCGAUGGCGGCGACCCGCGUCGCUCCAGCACCGUGCGCAUCCGCGUGACCGUGAUGGAUACAAACGACAACGCGCCAGUGUUUGCUCAACCGGUUUACCGGGUCAAAGUCCCAGAGAACGUGCUCCCAGGCAGCCGGCUGCUGACUGUAAAAGCCACGGACCCGGAUGAGGGGAUCAAUGGAAAAGUGACAUACAAAUUCUGGAAAAUUAAUGAAAAACAAUCUCCAUUAUUCCAACUUGAUGAAAAUACUGGAGAAAUGUUGAUUGCAAAAAGUCUAGAUUAUGAAGAAUGUACUUUUUAUGAAAUAGAAAUACAAGCUGAAGAUGGUGGGGGAUCAAAAGGCCGGACCAAAGUGCUCAUUUCUGUGGAGGAUAUAAAUGACAAUCAGCCUGAAGUGACCAUCACAUCUCUGUUUAGCCCUGUGAGGGAGGACGCUCCCCUGGAAACAGUAAUAGUCCUUUUCAAUGCUCAUGACAGAGACUCAGGGGAGAAUGGCCAAAUUGUCUGUUCUAUACAGGAGCAUCUACCAUUUAAAUUAGAAAAUUCAGGUGAUGAUUAUUACCGAUUGUUAACAGCCCAAAUUCUUGACCGAGAAAAAGUUUCUCAGUAUAAUAUCACAGUGACAGCGGCCGACAGAGGAAGCCCACCCUUGUCCACGGAAACUCACAUCACCGUGCAGGUGGCUGACAUCAACGACAACCCACCUGCCUUCUCUAGUGCCUCCUACUCGGUCUACCUCCCAGAGAACAAUCCAAGGGGCACCUCCAUUUUCUCCGUGAUGGCUCACGACCCAGAUGAGGAGGAGAAUGCCAGGGUCUUUUACUCUCUCACAGAGGACACCAUCCAGGGAGCACCGCUGUCCUCCUACGUCUCUAUCAACUCAGACACAGGCGUCCUGUACGCCCUUCGAUCUUUCGACUACGAGCUGUUCCGAGACCUACAGGUGCAGAUCACAGCAAGAGACAGUGGGAGCCCACAGCUCAGCAACAACGUAUCACUCAGCCUGUUUGUGCUGGACCAGAACGAUAAUGCCCCCGAGAUCCUGUACCCUGCCCUGCCUACUGAUGGUUCCACGGGCGUGGAACUGGCACCUCGCUCCGCAGAGCCUGGCUACCUGGUGACCAAGGUGGUGGCGGUGGACAGAGACUCGGGUCAGAACGCCUGGCUGUCCUACCGCCUGCUCAAGGCCAGCGAGCCAGGGCUGUUCGCGGUGGGGGUGCACACGGGUGAGGUGCGCACUGCGCGGGCCCUGCAGGACAGAGAUGCUCUCAAACAGAGCCUGGUGGUGGCUGUCCAGGACCAUGGCCAGCCCCCUCUCUCGGCCACUGUCACGCUUACCGUGGCUGUGGCCGACAACAUCCCGGACAUCCUGGCAGAUCUGAGCAGCCCUGAGGUCCCUGCGGACCCUGAUGCUUCUGGGCUGACAUUCUACCUCGUGGUGGCCGUGGCUGUGGUUUCCUGCGUCUUCCUCGCCUUUGUCAUCGCUUUACUGGCGCUCAGGCUGAGGCGCUGGCACAUGGCACAUUUACUUCCCCCUUCAGACAGCACAUUGCCAAAUCUGCCUGCCUCGCAUUUUGUGGGCUUGAACGGGGUUCGGGCCUUCCUGCGGACCUACUCCCACGAGGUCUCCCUCACCGCGGACUCGCGUAAGAGCCACCUGAUCUUCCCACAGCCCAACUACGCGGACACGCUCAUCAGCCAAGACAGCUGUGGGAAAAGCGAGCCUUUGUGUGUUUCUGAUGAGUCCAAGAUUCCUAUAGAAGACACCCCUUUGGUCCCAGUAAGUUCUAUAUUGCUCUAA